UUGGACCCUACUGCCCCCUUCGUUACCGGAUUGGGACUAGUAUUGGAAAGACGUUGGGGAAUCCGUCACACUAUCCGUCAGCCGGGUUAGCGCUCGCCUAGAGCGGGUAUUGGUUGUGAGUGGGAAAGAACUUUUAAAACAAAACAAAAAACUUUAACGUUAAUAAAACAGUGGUAGUCCCUGAACUGCAGAUCAAUCGCAAAACCUAAUUAGCUGCUAGCUCGCCUGUAUGCUGGGAAUUUAUGGAAUCUAAUUUAUUUUAAAUGUCUUCAGUCUGUUACGCUACUGAGUGAACUGAAGCCAACCAUGGCGCAUAAUUAAGGCUUCCAUUACGGGAAAGUUGCGCCGUUGCAGGGUAGACUUGCAAAAUAUGUUUAUUCUCCAGUGUUUUUAAUCGAACCAACGAAUUGACUCAUCUGGUUCGAUGGCAAGCUGAAUUAGCUAAUUUAGCUAACUUCUAACAACCUUUUAGAUAACUUCUAAUGUUUUACUGUCUGAUUGUCUACUCGGCUAUACAGUGUCUAGGUGGUCGUAGCAGAUUGAGCCUUCGAAGGUUUCAAAAAUAAAUAUUUGCUGAUCAACAGGGUGGCUAAUAGUAGCCUAUAGCAAACUAGGUUGGUUUUGUUUAGAUUUUUGUAGUUGGCUUUUCAGAAAGUCGUAAUUUAUAUUAGCAAUUAACGUUAGGCUAUAGCUAUCUUUCGGUAGUUUGAGGCAAUCUGAAAGCUUCCAGUUUAGAUUAGCAAACAGUGUUGGAUUAACAGCCCUCAAAACGAAUAAAUGUCUCCAGCACUGGUUGUGUUUACCAGCUGCCAGAAUUCAUACCCGUUUCAGGAACGCCAUGUGUAUCUCAGAGAGCCCGUUAAGAUCGGGCGCGCCGUGGCACGAUCGCCACCGGCCAAAAACAACGCAAUCUUUGACUGCAAGGUGCUAUCGCGGAAUCACGCUCUCCUCUGGUUCGACCACAACUCCGGCAAGUUCUAUCUGCAGGACACAGGCAGCAGCAACGGCACCUUCAUCAACAGCACACGACUGAGCCACGCCCACCAGCACGGUCCCCCCUCCCAGAUUUUCACCGGUGACAUCAUCCAGUUUGGGGUGGACGUGACGGAGAGCAGCUGUAAUGUCACCCAUGGAUGCGUGGUGUCCUCAAUCUGCCUGUUUCUGCCCGACGGUGUGGAGGCUUCUCACCGUGCAGAGGAAGAUGCCACUCCGCCUCAAGCCAGUCCAGCGACAUCACCGCUUCCUGUGUGGAAGGUUGCAGAGAGCACACCCAGCGUGUAUUCCCUGGAACUGUUCCAGCUCUCCCAGUAUCUGAAGGAGGCCUUGCAGCGGGAACAGAUGCUGGAGCAGAAGUUGGUGACGCUGCAGUGGCUGCUGGGAAGGACACAGGAAGCCUCGGAGGCCAGUUUUCAGGCUGUAGUAGAUGAGGACCAACUUCUCUCCAGGUUAGAGGUCAUGGAAAACAUGCUGCAGGCAUUAUCUGGAAACCAGUGUGAGGGCAGGGUUCUGGAGCUGGCGGCCUAUCAGAGCACAGCCAAGGAGGCCCUGCGUCGCGUCCUGCGGGAGAAGGUGGAGGUGUGCCAGACCCUCAGUAAGGUGGAGCUGAGUCUGUCUAGCGCGCAGGACACCUGCUUACACCUGCAGCACCUGCGCGAGCAUGCCGAACAGGAGCUCACGGAGCUGGCCAGCAAGUACAGCAAGGCCGUCAGCAUCAUCCAGGGCCUGACCCACACCAUAAAGCUGGCAGAGAGGCAGCAAGAGGAGCAGCUGCAGAAGCACCUGCAGGAGAAGAUGGAGCUUCAGCUCCUCAUCCAAAGCCUGGAGGAGCAAGAGCAGGAGCCACAGACCAACAGCGACACCAAGGAGUGUCUUCAAUCUGUACAGGGUUGCUUGGAGCAGCACCAGCAUAAAAUCACAAAGAGCCACUUUUUGGCUUCUCCCUUCAGUGGACUCCUCCAGUGUCUCAUGAACGAAAAGACGCUCACGAAAGAAUGGUUUCUCCCACCCCCCUCGGAGUCUCUGAUGGAUGCUUCUGGCUGGACAGUGUCAGGCACACUGAGCUCGGUAGAAGACUGCACCAUGCACUCGACAGGCAGAAUGGAGGAGAAGAAAGACACUGAGGCUGUGAAUAACGUCACGCUGCUCACUGAGGAUUGUGGGAGUGGUGAGCUGCAGUCCAGAGAGGCGGAGCUUCAGUCCAGAGGGGUGGAGCUGCAGUCCAGAGAGGCGGAGCUUCAGUCCAGAGGGGUGGAGCUGCAGUCCAGAGAGGCGAAGCUGCAGUCUAGAGAGGCGGAGCUUAAUUCCAGAGAGGUGGAGCUUCGUUCCAGAGAGGCGGAGCUUCAGUCUGGAGAGGCGGAGCAUGUUGCCCGUCUGAACAGCCAGCUGCAUGAGGCACAGGACCAGGCUUCUAGCAGCCAGAGCAGAUGUGUGGAGCUCCAGGAUGUACUGGAAAAGGAGAGGAGAGAAGCCCAGCUCCAUUCCCAGGAAUCAGCCAAUCAGAUCCAGGCUCUGCAAGCCCAGGUGCAGAAGCUGCAGGAGGAGGUGCAGGUGUUGUGUGCGGAGCGGGCGUGCGUUGUGUCCCGUGCCCAGGAGGAGGUGCUGUUGCUGCAGGGUGCAGUGGAGGCCAGCGCCAGCGAGCGGAAGAAGGAGAGAACCGCGCUGCAGGAGAGUCUGGCCGCCGUUACCGCCGAGCUGGACAGGGGGCGCCGCAGAGCAGCCGAAUGCGAGCAGGAGAGCAGCAGCCUGAAGACCCGUCUGCAGGAGCUCCAGCUGCAGUCUGCGCAGGCUGCGCAGCUGCAAGGUGAGCUGCAGAAGAACUGCUUCGUUCUGCAGACCGAGUGCGCAGCCCUGUGCUCUGAGAAGACUGCGCUUCAGGAAAAUAUGCAACACCUGGAGAAAGAGCUGCACAGCUCGCGGGACCAGGCUGCCCUGCUGGGCCGUAGUGUCAAUGCUCUGGAGCGCACACAGGGGGAGCUAGAGAGCAGACUGGCAGAGCAGCAGGAGCAGCGCCAGCAGGACCGGGCCCGACUGAAGGCCCAGUUAGACCAGGCAACCGCAAGAAUCAAGGGCCUUCAGAGAGAGUAUGAGGACACUCAGGUAGAGCUGGUUCAGGUGAAGCAGAGGUGCUCAGAGGUGGAGCAGGAGAAGCUGUCCCUGUCAGAGGAGCUGCACCAGUGCAAGGACAGCCUGAAACAACUGCAGGAGAGAUAUGAGGACACUCAGGUGGAGCUGGUUCAGGUGAAGCAGAGGUGCUCAGAGGUGGAGCAGGAGAAGCUGUCCCUGUCAGAGGAGCUGCACCAGUGCAAGGGCAGCCUGAAACAACUGCAGGAGAGAGCCAGCCGACCCUCCCUGCAGCCUGUCCUGGCUAUGCUGGUGGGUGUGGUCCUGGCUGUCCUGUUCUGGGGGUACAGCUCCCUGUGGUAGAUGCAGAGUGGCUGGCUCUCCUGGGUCUCGGCGGUUGCGCUGAUGGUUGUCGGAGGUCUGCUGUACACCACCCUGCCUGAGAACUCCACCUGAUCCCAUGGAGCUCCGCCCCUUACCCGAAAAUCUCCCCCACUGACUUAGGAGCCCUGCCCACUUUCCAGCUGCUCCACCCCUAACCCACAAACCACCCCUGCCUACUGAGGAGGCCCCGCCCACUUUCCAGCUGCUCCACCCCUAACCCGCAAACCAUCCCCACCUACUGAGGAGGCCCCGCCCACUCUCCAGCAGCUCCACCCCUAACCCACAAACCACUCCACCUACUGAGGAAGCCCUGCCCACUUUCCAGAAGCUCCACCCCCUAACCCGCAAACCACCACACCUACAGAGGAGGCCCCGCCCACUUUCCAGCAGCUCCACCCCUAACCCACAAACCACCCCACCUACUGAGGAGGCCCCGCCCACUUUCCAGCAGCUCCACCCCUAACCCACAAACCACCCCACCUACUGAGGAGUCCCCGCCCAUUUUCCAGCAGCUCCACCCCUAACCCACAAACCACCCCACCUACUGAGGAGGCCCCGCCCACUUUCCAGCAGCUCCACCCCUAACCCACAAACCACCCCCACCUACUGAGGAGCCCCACCUUGUUUCCAGUCAGUAUUUUAGUGCCGGCGCAUAGAGAGGGAAUAAACCUACAGACUUACACUAUAGAUAAAAUAUUUGAUCUCCAAGUUAUUAUCCACUUUAUUUUUUAUAUAUGGCGGAAGCUUUAAGUGUUACUGCAGCCAAAAAUGGGAGUUUUCCCCAAGAACAUUGAGGCUUUUCUGUUUUCUAUCUGUCACUGAUACUUGGUUAUUUUGUACACAACCACUUAAAGGAAAAGGGAUUUUAGUUAAAGAAUAAUUACCAGGUAUACACAGAGUAUUUAAACUCAUGGGGCUUAUAGGUCCAAGUGCUUCCUGUGGAUAUUUGUAGCAUCCCUGACGAUGACCCCAGCCUUUGAAAGGAAAUUACAUUACACACACACACAUACACAUACAUGAAUGCGCACACACACACACACACAUACACAUACAUGAAUGCGCACACACACACAUGCACACAAAUGGUUGUGUAGAAAUGCUGAAAGCUCAUGUUUGUUGUAGUUGCACGAGACCAGCAAGGACUAAGUACUCCACCAUUAGAAGGGCAAUUACAUUUUAACGUAUCCACUUAUGUCAGUUUUCAUGUUAUUGUGAUACUGAUCAUUCACAUUGGUCAUUCCUGUAUAUCUGUAUUAAAUCAAUUUCUAGGAGAACAUCAUCUGCUCAUCUAAGAAGAUAAUUACUGCUGCAAAGCUAUAGAACAUACAGAACAGAUUUUCAAAGGAUCCGUCUACUUGAAAGCCUUCAUUUUGUUCAUUUAUAUGGUAAAUAAAUAUAAACAUUCACUGGUCUGCAGAUUGAUUAUCCUUUCAGACCAGGCAAAUAUUUUGAAAUGUAGGAAUAACGUUCAAACGUAGUUUUGUGCAAAUGUGCUUCAGAAGCUGGUUUUGAGGGCUAAGUAGAUGAGUAAUUGCAGAUAGUUAGGGUUAGGGGUAGAGUUCGGGUUAGGGUUAGGGUUCGGGAUAGGCUUAGGCUUAGGGUUAGGGUUAGCGCUGAUUGAGUCGUAUGAAGCAGUGGCAGGCACCGUACCUGCACCUACAGGAGUCGUGUCCACGCAUCCUUCUGGAACAGUAACCUUCUGCAUUGUGCUUUUGUAAGUGAAUGGGUUUUAUAACCAGUGGAAUGCUGUAAUGGUUUGUGGAUGGAGAGCAAACGGUCUGUCCUCUGUUUGUGGUUUUUAUGCUUUAUUUGGAGGAGAGGAGAACAGAUUAUCUGCUCUACUUUUCAAAUAAAAAAGUUAAUUCACAAA